UGAGGGUUAGUCCUCCAAUUGGCCAGGAACUUUAGUUUCCUCUCCCCUUAUUUCUCUCCUUCUUCUCCCUUAUUUUUAGCAAACUCUGUUUUUUCCUCUGUUUCUCUUUCUCUCUCUCUCUCUCUCUCUGUUCUUUACCCUUUUAUUGUUCUUCUUCUCUGUCGUUCUGCAUUCCUCCUUUACAUGGAAAAGUUUGGUCAAAAACUUUGAUUCUUUACCUCCUGAGUUAGAUUCUCUCAUAAUAAUAUUUUUUUUUCACUUUUUUGUUGCCCUCUAUUCAUAUACCUUGUCCUUCUUCACUACUCUCUCUGUCUUUCUCUCUCUCUCUCUCUCUCUCUCUCUCUCUCUCUCUCCAUUCUUUUGAAGUUUCAAUUUUUACGUUCAGGUUAACGUAAAAGGGCGAAAAAAGGUCUUAUUUUUUCAGCAUAAAUUUGGCUCCUUUGGCUUUCUUUAGGUUUUUACAAGAAACCCUAUAGAAUCUCUGGUGUCUUAUUUCUUUUUAGCUUUGUUUUGUCACCUGGAAUAUUGGGUUUUCUCGUAUUCUGAUUGGACUUCUAAAAAUUUGGUUAAAUUUAUUUUUGGUUGGUCGAUUAUGUUAUUUGUUUCCAUUCUUGGCUUAGUUUAGGGUUCUUGAUCGAGGGUUAUUGUUAUUUUUGGAUUUGUUGGUGUUUGAAGAAUAAAACUAAAAUGGCUUUGAAUGAUUUUGGGAAUUCAUGGAGUUUUUGGAGUUGCAACUGGGAUGUGGAGGAAAACCAUAGCAGUGGAAGUAGCAAAAGUGAAUCAAACGGCUUUUCUGAGGCUAUUAGUGAUGAUAUUGUUGAUAGAUUGCCUGCAGAUCCAUUUGGGAUGGAAAUAAGGUCUACUUUAACUGCAGCAAUCGCAGGUUGGAUUCAGGAUUUUGAGAAUGACUUUGGGUCAGAUUUCUGUGUGUUUGAUAUGCAAGAUGGUGAUGAAAAGAAGAUUGCUGAUCAACAGCAUUUGUUCAAGGGUCUAAAUUGGGUUUGGAAUGGCAGCAUGAGCAUCCAACAACAGGAAGGGAACUCUAGUGUUGGUGAAUUUGGUUCAGAAGAUGUUGGUGAAUUUGGUUCAGAAGAUGUUGAUAAAAAGAUUGGUGAUCAAUGCCUAAAUUGGGUUUGGAAUAGUACCAUGAGUUUUCAACAGGAGGAAGGUAACUUUGAGAUCAACGAAGUAUUAGUCCCUAAUGAUGAUUUUAAUGGAUUUGGGAUUGGUAAUAGACUUUCCAUUGGGGGUUUUGUGUCUAAUGAUGAAGGUAAGGAAUUGGAGGAUUGUAAGGGAGUUUUUUGUGAUGGUAGUGAAGGAGGUGCUCCAAAUGAUGCUUUGUUUUUUGCUCUUGGUUAUCUUGGUGUUAAGGACCUCCUUGCAGUUGAAAGGGUUUGUAGGUCUUUGCAGGAUGCGGUUAGAGGUGAUCCUCUUCUGUGGAGGAGCAUUCACAUUGAACAGACAUUGAGUAGGAGGAUUAAUGAUGAUGCUCUUUUGAAAUUAACUAGCAGGGCUCAAGGCACUCUAGAAUGCUUGAGUCUAGUGGGGUGCUUAAAAAUCACAGAUGACGGUUUGAAGCGUGUGCUUGAAAGCAAUUGCAGGCUUACUAAGCUAAUUGUGCCAGAAUGUACAAGACUGAGUGUUGAAGGCAUUUUGUUCAAUUUAAGAGCCUUCAGGUCUGCUGGGUCCCCAGGAAUAAAGCAGUUAAGAAUAGGUGGAUGCUUUGGCGUAACGGAGGAGCAAUUCCAAGAGUUGAAGUUCUUACUUGGUGUAGAUAAACCAAUGCAAUUGGGAGCGCAAAAACCACAAUUUUUUCGUCAGGGGCAGUUGCAUCUCAUGUGUGAUGAUGAUAGGGCCAUUGACAUUGAGGUUUGCCCCAGAUGUGAGAAACUGAAACUAGUUUAUGAUUGCCCAUCAGAGAGUUGCAGAAGAACACAUCAUGCUGCUCAGUUGUGCAGGGCUUGCAUUAUCUGCAUAGCACGCUGUAUUCGUUGUGGGUGCUGUCUUAAGGACUGUGAUUAUGAGGAGACGUUUACUUUAGAUUUUCUUUGUUUUGAUUGUUGGAAGCAGAUCUUUAAUCGUGAAGGGAAGCCAGAAGUAGUGGGUGCCUCCUCUUCCAAGCACACCAUCUUUCAUCAAGAGACGAGGUAUCAGUUGUGUUUUUAUCGCUAGAUGUUCCCUUUGGCAGACUAUGGACAAGACUUCUGCACAAUGCAAACCUAGCAGUGGCUGUUGGGCAUGUGCAUCGAUGCCCUAUCAGUGAAGUUUAAUAUAUUCUGUGAAUGUUAUGCAGCUUCUGAGGUGGAUCUCAGGCUGCUAUGUUAUUUGGUGUUUCCUGCUUUGCUGGUGCAUGCAGUGAACUUUAGCUGAGAGGUCACUUCAUUCGAUCUUGUGAAGAAUUGAGGUUGGGGGGCAGGACCAAGAGAUGCUGAAGAGAGAUACGCUACUGAAAAAAAAAGAGAAAAAUGAAAAAGAAAAAAAAAAGCAGAAAGAAAAAAAAAAGUCAAAACAAAAGGAAAAAUAAAAGAAUGAGUAUAUCUUAUCAUUGAUUCUGUUGAAGACGCAUCUCUUGAAGUGUGCUAUUUUAUAGUUGGAGGACAUGAAGCAGGUGUUCAGAAUGCUUUCUGGCUGAAAUGAGUUCAGUGUGACAUUGCUUUGAUCUUCAUUGUUGCCCUCAGAAUUCAUUCCAUCCUUGUAAAUGAGGAGAAGCAACACUGGCCUCAACGGUGGCAAGCAGAAGAAAGAACGGCCUGGAUGGUGUCUGCUCUGUGGUACCUGGGGCAACAAUGGUAGAUGUUCUUCUCAUCGCACGACAGCAGCAGGAGUAAGUCCGGUUUUAUUCGUAGGAUCUUCUUCUUACAAAGUGUGAAGGUUAGGUGUUGAGAAUGCUUUCUGGCUGAAACGAGCUCUGUGUGUCAUUGCUUUGUUCUUCGUUGUCGACCUCAGAAGUCACUCAAUCCUUGUAAACGAGGAGACGCAACAUUGGCAAGCAGAAAGAACAGCCUGGAUGGUGACUGCUCUGCGGUACCAGGGCAACAAUGGUAGAUGUUCACCUUAUCCCAUGACAGUGCCAGGAGUAAGUCCGUUAUUUUUCAUAGGAUCUUCUUGCAAAGCUUAAGGGUAGCUGCCAUUGAAUCGAUUGGAGCUCUCACUCUUUGUCCGAUCUUCACCCGGAUGCCCUUCUUCGGGUGGUUGUCUUUGUUUUGAUAUCGAAGUAAUAGGAAUCUGAAAUGUAGAACGAUAGUUAUUUCGCGAGAAUAGAAUAAAGAAGGGAUAAAAUAAGUUAGUUAUUA